AUGUCUAAGAUUACCAAUUCGGUCGUUCUUCCUGAGGUCUCCACAGCUGAUGCUACUCCAAUGGGUCUCACUGCAUUUGAAUACUCAAUCCAAUGUGGUGAUGAAAAACAGUAUGAGAGAUCUCCGUCUGAACUGGAUGAUAUUGAGUGUAGAUGUAGCAAUGCUCCUGAUGAAAUAGAAGAUUCUACAGAUGACGGGGAAGUUAUAAUUCGAGAAAAUGUAAACGUUUUCAAAUGUGCUUUUAAUAUAUUUAAAGGAAAUGUUGGCAGUGCAGUUUUUCUCUUGCCAACGUUUUACAAGGAUGCGGGCUACAUAAUUUCACCAAUAAUUGGUCUGGCUAUUGGUUCUUGUGUGGUGGAUUGUUCCCUACAACUUGUACGUGCCAAACACAUGAUAAACAGGAAGAAGGUAAUGAACUAUUCUCAAGUUUGUGAAUUUGUACUGGGUCUUCCUUUUCGUUAUGUGCUCCUUGUGGCUUUACUUUUAACGCAAUUUGGUUUUUGCCUAUUAUAUUUGCAGCUUUUUGGAGAUUCCAUGUUGCAUCUUGUGCCUCGUUUUUCAGGUGAUGAAUAUGUUUGGAUGACAGCAAUGUUUGUUGCUGUUUUUCCCAUUAUAUUUUUCAUCGAUAAUCUCUCAUUUCUUGCAUUUAUAUCUAUGGUUGCUACUGUUUGUGUGUUUUUCGCGCUUAUUACUACGAUUGUGCAGACUUUUGUGAAACUUCACAAUGACGGUAUAGAACCAAGUGCCACUUCAUUGGGUAACGACAUACCUUUUGGUUGGUUUAACAAUAUGGCUAACAGCAUGAUGCUUCUCGAAGGUAUUGGAGUUGUUUUACCUGUGGAAAAUGCAUGCAAUAACAAAAAACGUUUUCCUCUUAUGCUUGCUAUUGUACUCUACCUGGUGGUUGGAUGGUAUUUACUCUACGGAUUAACUGGAUAUCUUGCCUACGGUGAUAAUCUUAAGAUAUCGUUAGUUGAUGCCCUUCCUAAGAAUACCCUUUCUACUGUUGUACGUGUGGCAUUUACUGUAAAUAUAUUUUGUACAUAUCCCAUUUUAUUUAUGCCUGGGAUUUUGCAGCUUGAUUCAUUUUUGGGAUGGCCUUCACGUUCCUUAAAGGGAAUCCUUUUGCGGAUUGGUAUAAGCCUUAUUAUUUACGGUAUUGCGAUGGGGGUAGGAUCUGGUGCGGUAAAUACCGUUGUUGCCUUUAUUGGAGCUCUUCCAGCUACUGUCAUGAUUAUGAUACUACCUCCUCUACUUGUCUUCUCUGUAGAAGGUAGCGUGGAGGAUCCUGAGGCCCCUCGAAUGACAUGGAAGUACUGGCGACGAAAUCUUUUUGGAAGACGUCUGACUUUUGCCCGAGCACGUUCCUACCUUUACAUUUGCUGUGGAAUCGUCAUUAUGGUUGUGGGGACGUUCAGCAUUGUAAAAGGUCUGGUACAGUAA